AGUGGGACAGAGCACUGUGGAGGGUGGGAUGGGGGAGAUCCCAAAACCUCAGUGGGAUUUGGGGUGUGGGACUGCCUUGCUUGGGGACCGGACUGCAUGCUCAGGGUGUGGGGAGCACUUUUAUCUUGCUCGGGGUCAGCACAGUGGGUUUCAUGCAUCGUGGUUGGGGUUGGGAUCUGAAGCCCCUGACAUUGCUUUUGGGUUCAGGAGGUGGAGACUACCUGCAUCCCGCUCCGGGCAGGGACGUGGCACCUUCACAUGGUGCUCAGGGGCAGAACAUGGGGGGGACAUGCUCUGGGUCAGGCUGCUGGGACCCUUGAUGGGGACUGGGGCAUGAGGACCUUCGCAGCAGGAUUGGGGUCAGACUGUGGGGGCCCUUGCAUGGUAUUUGAGGUCACAAGGAGAGCCUCAUGCUGGAGUGAGGAUGAGGAGGACCCUUGCGUGGGAGUUGGCCAUGGGGAUCCUUGCCCUGGGGCCAGGACUUGGGGACCCUUUCGUUUGGGUUGGUAGGAGGGACCAUCAGGGCCAGCACUCGGGAACAUCGGCACUGGGGUCAGGACCUGGAGACCACUGCACAGGUCUGCAGCAUCUCCCUGGGCUCAGCAGGCUGGAAACAGCGGUCAGUGAGGGCAGGUUGUGUCUGUCCCCUCCCUCCUCGCAGGGACCGUGACCAGGCUGCUUAACACCCUGGGUGGCUCCGGAUAGUUCCAAUGCGGUACUGGCGUCUUUUAACCCCAUCCUGAUCCAGUGUCCCCCCAAACCCUGCUGCCAUGAAGAAGAAGCCAGCCAAUGGGAGGGGGCUGGAUCCUGCACUCCCCCAGCAGCGAUCCCGGGGCAUCACCAAGCCAGCAGAGUACGUGGGUUCCUUCGUGGUGGAGAACUUGGACCUGCAGCAGCAAGCAGGACGUCUGGAGGAGCAGCUGCGGGCUCUGAAGGACUGCCCCAGGAGGAGGUUGGUGCUGCUGAGGUUCAGCUUGCAGGGGCUGAAGGUCUAUGGUGCGGAUGGGGAGACGCUGCUGAUGGCUCACGCCCUGCGCCGCAUCCUGUACAGCACCUGGCGCCACGCCGACCGCCAGUUCGCCUUCGUGGCCCGCAACCCCCGCAGCGCCCCCAGCAGCCUAUUCUGCCACCUCUUCGUGGGGCUUCCCGGCGAGGUGCAGACCCUGCACCACUUGCUCUGCCGCUCCUUCCAGCUCAGCUACCUCCAGGCCCACCCUGAGGAGCAAGCAGCUGAGGGGGACCCCCCGGGGCUGGGGGUGCUGCGGGAACCCCUCAACCCUGAGGAGGUGUCGCGCAACGUCAACGCCCUCGUCUCCUUCCGCCGCCUGCCCGCUGCCCUCGGCUCCUUGGGCACAGGGGAGCGGCGACUGGAGGCGGAGGGCAGAGGCAGCGCCUGGCGCCCGGGGAACCCCUACUGCUCCCCGGUGCUGGUGCGCAAGAAGGCCAUCCGCAGCAAGGUGCUGCGCUCCGGGGCCUACCGCGACUGCGGCGCCGACGGCCAGCUGCACCCCCGCGACGCCGGUGAGUCAGGAUGCGAGAGCAAAGGGGCAAGGAGCUUGGCCUUCCUCCCUGAGAACGAGAGCGUCCUCGCCGAGAGCGUCUGGGCCUUCGCCGGCAUCGCCAGGGACGCUGGCAUCGCGCUGCUGCGGCAGGACGUCCCUGGCGCCUUCCUGCUGCGCCCCGAGCCGGGGCUGCCCAAGCGCUGGUGCCUGUGGGUGCGGACACCCUGCGGCGUUGUGCCCUACUGCCUCUUCAGGACCCACCAGGGCAGGUUCUGCGUGGAGCACUCCAGCGCCGAGUUCUCCAGCGUGGCCGCUCUCCUGACGCACUACUCCGGGGCACCGGGAGGCUGCUUCUGCCGCCUGGCCCCCGGCCGCCGCAACCCCGGCUACGAGGAGCAGGACCCCGGCUGUGAGGAGCAGGACCCCGGCGCCUGGGGAGAGGCCGCCUGGGCCCCCGCCAGCCCCAUUGGGGUGCAGCAUGAGCGGGGCUAGACCUGGGGCCGCCCCCCGCAAUCCCCUCGAGCUUUAAACCGCUGCCGUCUGCCUUAUUUAUUCCCUCUCCCGCGGGCUGUGUGCGCUGGGCGGGCUGCAGGGCGCCGCCGCAAUAAACGGC